UCCAUAAAAGACUCUUCUUCUGCUACGUCUUUCUCAGCGGCGGUGUCUGAUGCACACAACAUCAAGAAGUCUCUGUCGUGGAAUACGCUGCGUGCCAGGAAGCGCGCUGAAGCCAGGGACUUCUCCUCACUGGGAGUCCGAGGUCAGGAGAACGGCCUGCUCCGUAAGCCCAAAGAAACCACGCCCCCUCCUACCCUCUCCUCCCCUGCCACACGUGUGAAGGGCAAAGAGGAUCACACGUCAGACGAGUCGGACUGUGACGACGACCUUGACCCAAAAUCGGGCAUGGAGCUUCUCAACCCAAACUUCAUCCAGGAAGUGGCGCCAGAGUUCCUCGUCCCUCUGUCGGAUGUGGUCUGUGCGUUCGGAGAGACGGUGGUUCUCUGCUGUAAAGUCUGUGGACGACCCAAACCCUCUGUCACCCUGAAGGGUCCCGACCAGAACCCGGUGACCAGCAACAGCCGCUUCACCAUCGACAUCAGGGACACGGGCGACAUCCUGUUGAAGAUCUGUAACCUCAUGCCUCAGGAUACAGGCAUCUACACUUGUGUCGCCGUGAACGACCACGGCUCCGCCUCCUCCUCCGCCUCCAUCAAAGUGCAAGGUAUCCCAGCAGCCCCUGGGAGGCCGGUGGCUCAGGAGGCGAGCAGCACGGCGGUGAUGAUCCACUGGACGCCACCGGCUUCCUCUGCUCACUGUACAGUCAGCAGCUACACUGUGGAGUACAGACAGGAAGACUCGUUGAUCUGGCAGCAGGUGGCGAGCAGCAGAGAGGAGUGUGUGCAGAUCGACACUCUGAUCCCCGGAGGUCACUACCAGUUCAGAGUCAGAGCGUCCAACCGCUGGGGGUCGGCCGCCAUCCGAGGCCUCCAACAUGACUCGGGUUACGAUGGAACGGGGAUCCAGUGGAAAGAAAACUUUGAGUCUGCGUUCACUGAGAUCUGUGAGAUCGGGAGGGGGCGCUUCUCUGUGGUUGCCGUGAAGUUUGUGAGUAAGAAGAUGCAGAAGAAGGAGCAGGUGGCUCAUGAGGCAGACGUCCUCCUACACGUUCAGAAUCACCAGCUGGUGGCGCUGUUGGACACAUACGAGUCCCCCACCUCUCUGAUGCUGAUCCUGGAGCUGCUGGAAGACGGGCGUUUGCUCGAUUACCUCGUCGCCCACGAUGAGCUGAUGGAGGAGAAGGUGGCGUUCUUCAUCAAAGAGACACUGGAGGCGCUGCAGCACCUUCACACCUGCAGAGUGGCACACCUGGAUCUGAAGCCGGAGAACAUCAUGGUCGACCUCCGCACUCCGACCCCGAGCAUCAAGCUCAUCGACCUCGGUGACGCCGUCCAGCUGUCCGCUCACCGCCGUUACGUCCACCUCCUGCUCGGGAACCCGGAGUUCGCCGCCCCCGAGCUCAUCCGCGGGACGCCAGUCUCCGUGGCAACGGAUGUGUGGAGCGUCGGCGUGCUGGCCUAC